AGGGCCUUCUUCGCCACUAGCGGUGUAUAUGGGAAAUUUGGUGUAUACCGAUGACCGAAACCCCUUUUCCCUUUUUAUGCAAUGAUUUCUCAGAAACCCUAUAACUCUUCAACUUCUCUAAAAUCAUCCAUUUUCUCAGCUCAUCACUACUUCUUCCUUUAACUCUGCAGAUUCAGAUGGUUGACGUCUGACGGAAGCUUGUUGAAGUGAGAAAAGACGAUCUUACAGAUUGAAAGGAAGGCAGUUUACUUGGUAUAGGCUAGUGCUUUCAGCUCACAAUUGUGACAUGGCUGCUAAACCAAUUGCUGAUACCAUAUGGAGGGGUAGUUUCAUGAUCUCCCGUCCGGAGAUGAGAUUGAAUCUUAUAGCCCAUCUAUCAAGUAAAGCGUGCGCCAAAGUAUGGCUGGCAGCUAAAGAGAUGGCGGAGGUGAUCUAUCCUGAAUUCCUUCCUAAGCGUGAUGUGUGGCCAAAGAAUUUUAAAAGUUCUAAACUGAUUGAUGAUAAUAUUGCCAUUUAUUUCUUUUCAGUUAAAGGCAGAGAUGAUCAAGUUUUUGAAAAUCUGCUGUAUAAUUUAAGACACUACGACAUUGCAUUAAAAGCGUUGGUUGGUGAUUCUGAACUCCUGAUUUUUACCUCUGCCCAUCUGCCAGAAAAGCAUCACAGUAAUUCUUACCAUCCCAAAGUCUUGAAUAGGCAAGCUUCUUCACAUGUUCGUACUAACCACACUAAAAUUGCAGGAUUUGAGGGUAAAUUAUAUCUAUGGGGCGUCUUUAGUGGAAGACAAGCUCCUCCUCAACAGUCACCUGAUGAUUGUUUCAUUCAUAAUACCCGAGUGACACAAGCUUCAAUCCCAAAUUCAGAAAAUGAUGGGAAGGAUAGAAGUUGCAAGGAAUUCUCCAAUAAGAAAGAUCCUUCAACUGCCUCAAAAACAGCUAGAAAGGGAAGACCGCUUGAUGACGCUUGGCAACAUGCUACUCCAGUAGAUGGAAAGAAGCAGAGGACAGUUUGCAAUUAUUGCGGAUUUAUCUCUUCCUCUGGAGGCAUUACUUAUCUUAAGACACAUCUGGGUGGAGGUGAUCCGACGGGCUCACUAAAGGGUUGUCCAAAUGUGCCACCAGAAGUCAAAAGGGUGAUGAAAGAAUGGUUACUAGGAACUAUAAGAGGGGGGAAGGCCCCACAGCUACAGGAAAUCAGGACUGACUUUGAAGCACCUGCAUCCAAAAAAUCAGUUAGAAGGGGAAGGCCACUUGAUGCUGCCUGGGAUUAUGCUACACCAGUUGAUGCAAAAAGGCAGAGAGCAGUUUGCAAGUAUUGCGGUUUCAUAUCUUCUUCUGGAGGAAUUACACAUCUUAAGGCACAUUUGGCUGGAGGUGAUCCAAAAGGGCCCUCAAAAGGUUGUCCCAAUGUGCCGCCUGAAGUUAAAAGGGCAAUGGCAGAAUCGCUCAACAGAACAGUGAAAGGAGCGAAAUCCAUGCAGCCAGAUGAGAUCAGGAGGCACAUGAAAGCGGAAAAUGAUUGGUCUCCUCCCAGGUCAGAUGACUACUCGUUGAAUCAACAUAGAAUUGUCAAGAAUGCUCAGUACUCACAUUUUGCCAAUGGGGGGAAUUCUGUAAAUGAUAUGACCAUGUUAAAGCAAUCAGAGACUGCACAUGUUGAUAGUUAUAUGGAGGUUAUGAGUUCUCACAAUGCUUGUAAGUCGAGCUUCUUAAGCAAACCUUCAACUCGAGUAGGUUUUAUUUAACAUGUGCAUCAGUAGGUUGAGGACUAAGAGCUAGGAAGGAAGACAGCUUAAAUCUAAUGGUGAGAACAUGCUCCAUUAAUUUAUGACAUGACAAAACAUACAUGAGGACAGAUGACAAAGUUGAUUGUGCUACUUUAUCAGCAAAAAGGUUGGUUCUUUUGAUGUACAAACACCUUUUAACCCAAAGCUUGACAACAACAAAAUAGUGACAUUGCUUGUGAUUAUUGUAUCUAUGUAUUUGUUGCGAUGUUCCCUCCAGUUUGGAGUGAUUUUACAGUUCUAUUAAACAGGUUGAGAAUCUCCUCUUUAGUGUUAGACAUUUGAAAGUUCUGAAAGUCGAUACUUGCUGAGAAAAAGCCUGGUUGAUACUGAAUUGAACCCGACAUUAUCUUA